AUACAGCUUCAACGGUAUGGGCAUUUCAGCCUACAGAUGUAUAUAUAUUCCACUGAAAAAUCUACUUUAGCUUCAUCUCUGUCGCAAAUUCCGGGUUUUGCAGCAAGUAGAUAAAGAUUUUACGAGCAUGGAGAACAUGCAAACCUUUUGGCAAUUGGGUGACGAACUUCGUGGACAAUCAAAAGUCUCCGAGGAUCGCAAAUGGUUAAUGGCUGCUUCUAAGUUGGCUGAGCAGACCACUUCCAAGGGGGAGAGAAGGAAUAAUCUGGAUCUCUCAAAAGGCCUAGCUGAAGUAAGGAUGAGGGAAAAUAUUGGGUUUCAGGAAAAUAACAAAUUCGAAAACCUCAACUUGAAUAUGUUAAAUUUGGAACCUAAAAUGACCGAAAAUGUGAAUAAAAAUCCCUUCAGGAAUGGUAUCUAUAAUAUGAAUGCAGUGUAUCAGAAGGGCAAUGGUAAUAUUAUUGCAAAUAUCACUGGUAACAAGUAUAGCGGCAACAACCAUAACAAAGAGCCCAACAACAAUGGAAAUAAUAGCAAUAACAAUAAUGAAAAUGCAAACAGUGCUGUUGACAAAAGGUUCAAGACCUUGCCUGCAGCAGAGACGCUCCCGAGGAAUGAGGUGCUUGGUGGAUACAUCUUUGUUUGUAACAAUGACACAAUGCAAGAAGAUUUGAAGCGGCAACUAUUUGGUUUGCCACCGAGAUAUAGAGACUCUGUUCGGGCAAUAACACCGGGCUUACCCCUAUUUCUCUAUAACUAUACUACUCACCAGCUGCAUGGAAUUUUUGAGGCCGCAACUUUUGGCGGUUCCAACAUUGAUCCAACUGCUUGGGAAGAUAAAAAAUGUAAAGGUGAAUCGAGGUUUCCUGCACAGGUAAGGAUCCGUAUUAGGAAACUCUGCAAGGCCUUGGAGGAAGAUGCUUUUCGGCCAGUGUUGCACCAUUAUGACGGUCCCAAGUUUCGUCUUGAGCUCUCAGUCCCAGAGACCCUGGACUUGUUAGAUCUCUGUGAACAAGCGGGCUUUUAAAGUCUAGUCAUCUACAUCAAUCUACUCUGUGGCAUAAGAUGUUGGUUGUAUGUGCGUAAUGUUAUAUAGGUUUUAUGGUGCACGUCAGUGGUUCGUGAGCGGGCUUUUAAAGUCUAGUCACCUACAUCAAUCUACUCUGCAGCAUAAGAUGUUGGUUGUAUGUGCUGAAUGUUAUAUAGGUUUUAUGGUGCACGUCAGUUGUUCGUGCACGUCAGUUGUCAGUGACUUCAGGCUUAAUUUUCCUUAGAGCGCAAGCUUGGGAGUCAAAGUCUGGUUGGGAAUUUUCUCGAGAUGGCAUAUGCCAAAUAAAUAUAAUCGUGUUGUGAAAAUGUAUCUUAUGUAGCUGCUCAAUCGUGUUUUAUAGCGUUGUAAUUUGUAAUCUUGUAAGACGAGAACACCUGACUGUAUAAUGGUGAAGUCCUCUAAAGAUGACGACCGUUAUGUGUGUCUAUUUUGUGCAAUUGAACCGAGUUUCCUGCUA